UCAAGGUCAAAGUCUUCCUCUUCGGACUCGGUCAAAUUUCUACCCCUAUUGCAUGCUAUAAGUGCGCUAUGGGUAUCCAACCCUUCUUCCUCACUACCUUCUUGCUUCCAAGCCUAAUUACCAGUUCUACUUAGCUAAGAUGGCGUCCGCCAGCAUCGACAGCUACCGCAAGGGCGCCAUGAUCUACCGCGGGGAUACCAUCUGCAAGAGGAGGUCGAUCGAGCUGCUCGAGGAGCUCGGCCUGCCCAAAGGUCUGUUACCCCUGGAGGACAUGGAGGAGUUCGGAUACAACCGGGAGACCGGAUUCAUAUGGCUGGUGCAGGGGAGGAAGAAGGAGCACACCUUCAGGAAGAUCAAGCGGCAGGUGUCGUACGCCGCCGAAGUGACGGCCUUCGUGGAGGAGCGGAAGAUGAAGAAGAUGACGGGGGUGAAGACCAAGGAGCUGCUGCUGUGGCUCUCCGUCGUCGAGAUGUACGUCGACGACCCCUCGUCUGGGAAGAUCACCUUCAAGACCGGCACCGGCUUGUCCGACAGCUUCCCUGUCUCCGCCUUCGAGCUGCAGCAGUGAGGCAUGGAAAUAUGACAUGUUACCGUCGUUUUAUGCGUCUAAUGUUGCCGUACCAAAUGAAAGUUUGAUCUAAGGUUCUUAAAAUUGCA